CAAAAGCCAUAGGUGGCCAGGUGGGUUCCCAAUCAAGACACCAUGAUUUUGAAAAGUUUACACGGGGCACAUCUACCAUCUAAGCCACUCACACCCAACACCCCCCGCCUGGGUCCCGCAUAACGCCAUCGGCUAUUCGUCAACCAAUCGGGCAGCUAGCAUUCCCCUCAUCAACCAUCAAAACCUCCAAUCCCAUUACAGCGGACGAACAUAAGACGGGUCUCCCAUGUUGAACACGACUCAAGAGGAACCGGGUUCCCGAAUUUUCUGGGAAAUUCCACCGUUAUGAUCCUUGUUUUCUCCGUUUUUCCUUCUUUCGGUCACGAUUUUGUUUUUCGGAAGCGGUUUGUUGGUUGCUCGGACAUUGAGACUUAUAUUUCUCGUGAUCUGCGCUGUAGCAGCCUUUGAUUUGCGGAUUCCGUUCUAGGGUUGCUUUCUCUUCCACGGUUAAUUUCCACUCAUAAGAGCAUCUAUUUCAUUUUUGGAGCACUGGAAACUACAAAAUUGAUUGCCACGUUGAGCAGUUGUUGCUUGCUAGGUUGCGGCAUCUAUUUUUGUGACUGUAGAGUUGGAAGACUCAGACUACAAUGGGAACCCCUCUGCGAGGUUUAAGAAAACCGAAUGAGACAAUGAGGCUUAUUGUAACAGCAUUUAUAGGCGUUGUGGUUGGCUUCUUUUUAGGAGUGUCUUUUCCAACACUCUCAUUGACUAAGAUGAGCCUCCCAUCCAGCCUUUUUCCUUCCAUUGAUCUAAAUUACCUUGAAGACAAGUACUCAGGUCUCUCAACCCAAGCACUGUUGAAUGUUUGGUCUUCACUAAAGCGUAAUAGAGGCACCGCUUCCCACUUUUACAAAUUUAAUGAAACAAAGAUUUGGGUCCCAACAAAUCCUCGAGGUGCUGAAAGACUACCCCCGGGUAUCAUUGUAUCUGAGUCAGAUUUCUAUCUUCGUAGAUUGUGGGGUUUGCCCAGUGAGGACUUAACCAUUAAACCAAGGUAUCUUGUAACCUUUACUGUUGGCAUUGCUCAGAAAAACAAUAUUGAUGCGGCAGUAAAAAAGUUCUCAGAAAGCUUUACCAUUCUGCUAUUUCAUUAUGAUGGUCGGGUGAGCGAAUGGGAUGAGUUUGAAUGGUCGAAACGGGCUAUCCAUGUGAGCGUUCAGAAGCAAACCAAAUGGUGGUAUGCCAAGCGGUUUUUGCAUCCUGACAUUGUGGCACCCUAUGACUACAUAUUUAUGUGGGAUGAAGACCUUGGGGUGGAGCAUUUUGAUGCAGAAGAAUACAUAAAAUUAGUACGGAAGCAUGGUUUGGAAAUAUCACAACCUGGUUUAGACCCACAGAGUAAAGGGUUAACAUGGCAGAUGACAAAGAAGAGAGAUAACAGUGAAGUUCACAAGGAAACACAAGAGAGACCUGGCUGGUGCACUGAUCCACAUUUGCCACCAUGUGCAGCCUUUGUUGAGAUCAUGGCUACUGUGUUUUCUCGAAAUGCAUGGCGUUGUGUUUGGCAUAUGAUUCAGAAUGACUUGAUUCAUGGAUGGGGAUUAGAUUUUGCUCUAAGGAAAUGUGUAGAGCCUGCUCAUGAGAAAAUAGGAGUUGUAGACGCCCAGUGGAUUCUACAUCAAAGUGUUCCCUCACUUGGGAACCAGGGGAAAGCAGAGGGUGGGAAGGCACCAUGGGAAGGGGUGAGGGAAAGGUGUAGAAAAGAAUGGACAAUGUUUCAAGACCGAAUGGCUGUUGCAGAGAAAGCCUACUUUGAGGCAAUGAAAAUCGAUCCCCCCAAUUCCACUGCUACUUAGGGGGACAACAUUUACAAGCACAAAACUUUGUAGUAUUAUCCGUGUCAUCGUCUCAGCAUCUUACCACCAUUGUGUAGCUUCAGAAUCAUACAUGUUCUGCAGUAAUCAAUAAUUUUUCCUUUUUUUUUUUUUUUCUUUUGUGGGGGGUGGGGCUUGUAUUGGGUUAGGUCAACUUGUAGCUCUAGAAGCAAAGAAGAGAAGCCACUUGUCAUUAGUUACAAUGACAUAAUGAAUGUUAUUACACGUUUAAUUUAUAUUGCUAAUGUUAGUUUAUUGGGAUCAGAUGAGGGUAUCCCAAAAUGUA